AUGGAUUUAAACACAACAGAUACAACACUAAAGUAUUGCGAUUGGCGUGUAGAAAUCUACAAUUGCCACCACACUCAACUAUGGGUUGCAGAGAUAAUAUUUUCGACGAUAUCAUACGGAAUUUUAGCAAUAUCGGGUGCAUUUAUCUUCUACUGUCGAGUUCGAUACAUGUGGCAAGGAUUAUUUGUGGAUCACGGAGGAACCGGAAUACGUCCAUUACCAGUGGAUUGUUUGCUGUUGUUUUUUAUGAUUGCGGCAUUUGUUAGAGCUAUUCACAGUGCAUUUUUACUGGGGGAUGUUUAUACGGCAUACUGGCAGCGUGAAUUGGGUGAAGAAUUUGCCUGGACUAUUUUAAGUUAUGGUGCUGUUACUUAUCUCAUUGGAAUAAUAUAUACAAUUCCUGUAAAUUAUACGCGCGGUACAUCCGCUCUAGUUUCAUUACAAACCAACAGAGAAACAACGAACGGAGAUGCAAAUAAAAGUAGCACCCCUAAUGCACUUAGUUUUACAACGCACGAACUAUUCCUUCCAACCCCAAAUCAAUUAAACAUAUGUCUAUUAGUCGGGUGCCUAUGGCCAUCACUAAUCGCACUACCAAGUGCAAUACUCUCUGGUCUAGCGCGAGACCGCGGAGACUUCGUCACCGCAAGCAAAUUCACCACAGUACAAUACAGCGCUAACUUUGUUUUUGACAUUGUAUUUGCAGUAAUCACCGCAUACUACGGCCUGAAUUUCAUACUAAUUCUCCGAGGAACACUAAAACAAUCCAAACAAAAAUCGGGUGCUUCAUUCUUUAAGAAAAAUAGUAGCCAGACACGAAAAGCUUUUCAUCGGCUGAAAUACACGAUGGCCUAUUUGUUUUACAUCUCGAGCUAUUCGGGGCCGUGGUGGCUCGUUUGGGCAAUCGCGCAUAAAAAAAUCAUCGCCUCGAUAAAUGGUAUCAAUGUCUAUUUGUCGAUCAUGUGGUAUAUUGCCGGACCACAACUAAUGAUUGUCGUUUGUCAGUUUGUGCUUGCAAGGCGUAUCUAUCAACAAUUGUUUAGUCGAACUGAUAAUGGCCAUCGUACAGUUGCCACAAAUGGUGCAAAUGGUCCUGUAUCACCGAAAUCUCCUGAUUCAGUUUUUUUUAUGAAUCCCAGUUCUGCCGCUGCUAAUCAUUUGGCGCAAUAA